UUGAUUGAUAUCAAAAGGAAAUAUAGAUAUAAAGGCAAUAAUACUUAUAAUUAAAUAUAUUUGCAAAAAUAUAAUUGAAAAUUUUUUAUUGAAAUUGAAUUUUGAAAACGUUACCAAUCGAGAGUGCUAUCUUUACGUGUUGUGUGUAAAGUUAGAAACAUAUCGUGUUGUGUGGAUUUAGAAACACAAAGAUGUGCGAACCAAUUAUAAAAGAAAUAGGCGAUCAAUUAACCUUAGGUGAAGGCCCGCAUUGGGAUGCUGAUCAACAAGCGUUAUACUAUGUAGAUAUCGAUGGCAAGGACAAUAAAGGUGGUGCUAUUUUAAAAUAUAUCCCCGCAACGGGAAAAAUAACACAAUGUAAUUUUGGUUGUGGCAACCAGGUUUCACUAGUUCUUCCAGUUGCUAACACGUCUAACAAAUUUGUUGUUUCAAUUAAUAGAAAAAUAGCUGUUGUUACAUGGAACGGUAUUGAUACGAAACCAUCAAAAAUUGAAGAAGUUCUUGAAGUAGACGGCCAUAAACCAUCUAAUCGUUUAAACGAUGGAAAAUGUGAUCCUUUUGGACGGGUUUAUGCAGGUACUAUGGGAAUUGACUACGGAAAUGGAACGUUUGAGGAUCAUGCUGGAUCACUAUAUAUAAUUGAUUUUGAAAAGAAGAAAGCCAAUAAAUUAUUAGGUGAAUUGGGUAUAGCAAAUGGAUUGGCAUGGGAACUAGAUCAACAAGUUAUGUAUUAUAUUGAUUCAUUAAGACAACGCGUGGACAAAUAUGAUUACAAUCCUGAAACUGGAGCCAUAUCAAACAGGAAAACUGCUUUCGAUCUACAUUCAAAUGGCGUUCCAGGAAAUCCUGAUGGUAUGUGUAUCGAUACUAAAGGACUUUUAUGGGUUGCUACUUUUGAUGGAGGUGUUCUUAUUCAUGUUGAUCCAUCCAAUGGAAAAUUACUCAAGACUAUUAAGCUUCCAGCAAAACAGAUUACAUCGUGUGUAUUUGGUGGUUCCAAGUUAGAUAUUUUAUAUGUGACCUCAGCAGGAAUUCAUGGCCAAGGCAUCAGCAAUCCCAAAGCUGGGAAAUUAUUUGAAAUUACUAAAACUGGAGCUAGAGGAUACCCAGGAGUUAGUGCAGUUUUACCAGAAUAAUUUUGAACCUAUUUAAUGUAAAAAUAAAAAUUUACAGUUUUACAUUAAGUAUAGACUGAUAAAAUGUGAUGCAUGUACGAAUCCACUGGGUGAGUCGGAAGGGAUAUAAAUAAUGCAAA